AUGGAUUUCGAGGCCAACGAAGAUAUCAACGGCGUUCGUUUCUCGUGGAAUGUGUUUCCAUCAAGUAGAGCGGACGCCAACAAAAAUGUGGUUCCUGUGGGGUGUUUGUACACGCCGCUAAAGGAAAAAGAGGAUCUGGAGGUCAUGUCAUACAAUCCGGUGGUGUGUGGCGGGCCACAGUGCAAAGCGGUUCUGAAUCCAUACUGUGAGAUCGAUUUGCGUUCAAAUGCAUGGACCUGUCCUAUUUGCAACUCGAGAAAUCAUUUGCCUGCCCACUACGCCAACAUGAGCCAGGACAACAUGCCAGCAGAGCUCAGCAACACGACGAUCGAGUAUAUCACAAAUAGACCGGUCCAAGUGCCUCCUAUCUACUUUUUCGUUGUGGACAUCACAGCUGAAGAAGAGAACCUGCAGGCUUUGAAAGAAUCCAUAAUCGCGUCGCUUUCGCUACUACCUCCAAACGCUAUGGUUGGGCUGAUUACCUACGGCAACGUAGUUCAGCUCCACGACAUCUCCUGCGACACUAUCGACAAAUGCAACGUGUUCAGAGGUGAUCGUGAAUAUCAGCUUUUGCAGCUCGUUGAGAUGCUUACAGGCGAGAAAUCAGGUGCAGCAGGAGCUGCAGGGGGAGCCUCAGCUGCAGCUAACGUGCAUUUGAAUAAGAUCACUCCAUUUUCGUUGAAUAGAUUUUUCUUGCCCUUGGAACAAGUCGAGUUUAAGCUCACGCAAUUGCUAGAAAACCUCUCUCCUGACCAAUGGUCUGUACCAGCUGGCCACAGACCACUGCGUGCUACAGGUUCUGCCCUGAACAUUGCUUCUUUGAUUCUUCAGGGUUGCUACAAAAAUGUUGCCGCUAGGAUCAUCCUUUUCGCUUCUGGACCGGGCACUUUGGCUCCUGGCUUAGUCGUCUCCUCUGAGCUCAAGGAUCCUUUGAGAUCUCAUCAUGAUAUAGACUCCGACAAUGCCAAACAUUUCAAAAAAGCCACCAAGUUCUACAGCUUGUUAGCUGACAGAGUUGCUCAAAACGGCCACACUGUUGACAUAUUUGCAGGCUGUUAUGAUCAAGUGGGUAUGUCUGAAAUGAAACAACUGACAGACUCUACAGGUGGUGUGCUUCUAUUGACAGAUGCUUUUUCGACAUCUAUUUUCAAGCAAUCGUUCUUGAGAUUAUUUUCUAGCGACGAAGAGGGUUAUUUGACCAUGGCCUUCAACGCCAACCUUUCUGUCAAGACGAGCAGAGACCUAAAGGUGCAAGGACUAAUAGGUCACGCCUCUCCCGUCAAAAAGACAGACGCUGCCAAUAUAAGCGAUUCAGAAAUAGGUGUUGGUGGUACCUCAACGUGGAAAAUGUCCUCCAUCAGCCCUCAUCAUUCUUACGCAGUGUUCUUCGAGAUCGCCAACACUGCGGUCACAUCUGCAGGUGUUAUGGGCGGAGACAGACCCAAACUGGCUUACACUCAAUUCGUGACCAAUUACCAGCAUGCGUCCGGUACUAACCGCGUUAGAGUGACCACAGUGGCUAAUCAGUUGUUACCAUUUGGCUCACCAGCUAUUGCUGCAUCUUUUGACCAAGAAGCAGCUGCGGUUUUAAUGGCAAGAAUUGCCGUGCACAAAGCGGAAUCCGACGAUGGUGCUGACGUUAUAAGAUGGAUUGACAGGACUUUGAUCAAGUUAUGUCAAAAAUACGCGGAUUACAACAAGGAUGAUCCAAGGUCUUUCAGACUAGCGCCAAAUUUCUCUCUUUACCCCCAAUUCACUUAUUACCUGAGAAGAUCUCAAUUUUUGAGUGUUUUCAACAAUUCCCCUGAUGAGACGGCAUUCUACAGACAUAUUUUCACCAGGGAGGAUACAACAAACUCCUUGAUUAUGAUCCAGCCCACGUUGACUGCAUUUUUCAUGGAGGAAGAGCCUCAGCCAGUAUUGCUAGACUCUGUCUCUGUGAAGCCUAAUACUAUUCUCCUUCUAGACACCUUCUUCUACAUUCUGAUUUACCAUGGUGAGCAGAUUGCUCAAUGGAGAAAAGCCGGUUACCAAGACGAUCCGCAGUACGCUGACUUCAAAUCUCUAUUGGAGGAACCAAAACUCGAAGCCGCGGAAUUGCUUGUCGACAGAUUCCCACUACCAAGAUUUAUUGACACUGAAGCCGGUGGCUCUCAGGCUAGAUUUUUGCUAUCCAAACUGAACCCUUCAGACAGCUACCAAGAUCAAUCAGCUGGCGGUUCCACCAUCGUACUCACUGAUGACGUGUCGCUACAAAAUUUUAUGGUUCAUUUACAAGAGGUAACGGUGAGUGGUCAAACUUGA